AUGGUCGCCCCGCCGGCGGACGUCCGCCCGUGGGCGUGGGUGCUAUACGCCGGCGAGCGGCGGUGGCAUCAGCGUCGGAUCUGGGGGCAAGUAGAGGAUCCGCCAACUGGACCUCAGACUCGUCUACUGCUGAUCAGCAGCACGCCUGAUCACGAUGUCUACGAAGAAGAUUCCAGCAGGGACAGCGCUGACAUCCUGGGCGUUCGGUUUGUGGACGCUCGUCGUGACCGCGGGGGCCUGGAUGCAGGGCUGCUGUACGGGUUCAGGCGACGCUUGACUGUGAAUGAGGAGACCGCAGUCAUGGCGGCGGUGAUCCAGGUGGCCGACGAGACGUACCUGGCUCGGGAGACCGCUGGGGGCCGCGCUGCUGUGUUGCCUGCUGGUGGCGCACUGCGGGCUUUCGACUUCGGGCUGCGCGGCGCGGGAGCUGGGCAGCAGCUGGUCGGAGCCGACGGUGGCGCUGCUGGAGGCAACGCUGAAGGCGCGGCCGCCCUGGCAGCGGCGGCCCCUGUGGCGGUCGGGGGCCCUGGUCCAUUCGCGGCUCCUGCUGCUCCGGAGUGGGUGAUGACGGAGACGACGGCCGCGGGAGACCGCGGGACGGUUGUGGCCUUGAAUGGGACGGAGCGUCUCGGGGGCGACGUCGGGAUCAUGAAGACCGACAAAGGCUGGAUCGACAUCCGACGGGUGUCGCUCAGCUUGUCACUCUAUGCUGGCGCUGAGGCUGGACUGGACGCCAGGCUCCUGGGGAUCUCGCUGCAGUCAGACGGCCAUCGCCCUCGGAUUCAGUUCCGAGACGCUGUCGCCAAGUUCGAGCAGACUCCGCUCCCAGGCUGGCCUCUGGAGGGCCCCCGUUCGGCAGCGUGGUGCUUCGUCUUCAUCGACAGACGCCGCGGGGGCCCGCUGGAGCACUUCACGCAGUUCAAGAGUCAGUACCACUUGACGAACGAUGAUUACGGUGUGGCCCACUACGAGAGCAUCAUGAGGAUGAUCGAUUUUUUGGCCUGCUGGGAUCAGGUGAAUCUCCCCGACCUCGUGGGCGUCGAGGUGGCGAUGCGACAGGCGCAGCUGUACGAGUACGCGUACGCAAUGGAGGUACACCGGGAGCUGGAAGAUGCGGUUCGACGCUUCGGGGGGCCUCCGCUGGAUCUCGACGGCCCAGGAGCCCUUGCGGAGCUUCGGGUGUCUCAGGCGCACCACGGGGAGGGCGUGGCCAUCGCCCCGGUUGGCUUCGACAACUUCGACCGCAUUUCCCUGCCUGCGGCUACGACCUCUCCACAGACGUUAGAGCACUUGGCUGGGGAUGUGGGCCGGAAGAUCGCUGACCGUUUACAAGAUUUGUUGCUACCCCGAGAACAGGGGUUGGACCGUAUCCGUACUGAGGGACCACGUCGGCUAUACGUUGAUCCCAACCUUCGUAACCCUAAGUUGUAUCAGCGAGUGCUUCAACGGCUGGUGGACUCUAACCUGGUGAGUUUCCAGCUGGACUGCGAGUGCUCGGUCGGGCUCUUUUUCGUUCACAAGAAAAAUGGCGAUCUACGGAUGAUCCUAGAUGGCCGCUGCUCGUCAUUGCGCUUCGCCGAGGCCGACAAGGUUGAGUUGGCCUCCGGCGGCGCUGUCAGCCAGAUCGCCGUAGACGGGGAUGACCCUAUCGCCGUGGCCGGCGUGGACAUCGCCGAUGCCUUCUACAAUAUCCUGUUGCCUCCAUGGCUGCAAAAAUACUUCGGUCUCCCGCCCGUCAGAGCAGGCGACUUCAAUCUCUCUCACGUUGGCGAGGGUACUCCUGUGCUUCCCUCGCAAAAGGUGGUCCCAUGCUUUCGUUGCCCGCCCAUGGGUUGGAGCGUGAGUCUUUGGAUCUGUCAGACCUUGAAUGAGCACAUCAGCUCCCUUGUCCCAGGCAUCAGUACACAUAACCUCCUUGUGGAUCGCAGGCCAGCCCCGAGUUUGAGCAACGAUUUCAUACACACUGAGUACGUUGACAACUUUGUCUCACUGUCACGGUCUAUGGAGCGUGCUGGCGACAUCGCCAGGGCCGUGGGCCGCGAACUGAAUCGAGUCGGGUUGCCUACGCACGAGGAUUUCGCACGCGAUCAGGUCGUCGAGUUGUUGUCCUUCAACGAGCGAUGGAGGUUUGGGCGAGACAACGAGAAGUCGAUGCCUCCCCGGGCCUUCGACAUCGGCAUGUGGGAGGAUGAGACCGAGGAGACCAAGGCGAGCCCGGGGUUCGCCGAGCCCCACCAUGUCCUGAAGGCCUCGCACGGCCUGUUGUUCGAGGAGCCCAUCAAGGUCUUCCCGAAGCCCCCGGAGGCCAAGUUCAGCACAACAGUGCUGACUCAGCUUCGCGUAAUCGACCUGGCCUUACAGCUGAGGCUGAUCGCGCAGCCGCUGGGGAUGCCAGGCGCAGCAGCCCUUGUUCAGGUGGCGGGCGGCUUGCCGAGAGGUCGGGGCGGACCGAGGACCAGCGUGGCCGUGGCUUCGUCUCGCCGCCGCCCGGCCUCAGCCUCUGCGACGAGCCUCGCUGUUCGAGCUCGCGUGGAGAGCGACCGCCGAGCCGCCAGGCGCCUGCAGCGCCGCCAGGGCUACAGCCGGGACAUCGUUCCGAAGCCCGGAGCGAGCCACUCGUUUCUGGAGCAGGAGUCGGUGUCUGCCGCCACCCGCCGGGACUACCAGAGGAGAGCUCACGACUUCUACCUCUGGGCCGAGCACUCGCGCCUGGAGACGGUGACCGAGGAGCAGCUGGACGAGACCCUGGUGAUCUACUUCCACGAGCAGUUCUUGGAGGGGGGCGAGAGCACGGACGCGUGGAAGCUCUUUGCGUCGCUGGCCUUCGAGGGUCGCCACCUGGGCUUGAAGUACAGCAGUCUGCCGCGUGCGACCCGAGCUGCUCGAGGAUGGCGAAAGCUGGCUCCACCUCGGUCGAGGCUUCCGCUGCCGUGGGCUGCCUGCUGCCUUGUCAUCCGCCAGCUAAUCCAGGCGGGACAGCGAGUGCUUGCGGAGCUCACGGCCGUGGCCUUCGCCCUGUACCUGAGGAACAGCCCUCUCUUCCCCGUGUCGCACAGCGAGUGGAACGCCAAGUUCGCCGCCGCAGCCAGGGACAGCGGUCUUCAGCCGUUGCUGCCACUGACCCUUCACCAGCUCAGGCACGGAGGAGCGAGCCACGAGCUGCUGGUGAGGGCUCACACCCAAGACGAGGCCAGCGCCUCGGGGAUCCGCGAGAUUGCUCGCGCGGGCUUCCACGCUGGCGCGUCCUGGGCGCUGCUGCCCAGCUGCCCUGCGGCGCCCCCCUGCCCGCCUUACCCGCCCUGCCCCGCGUGCUUCUGCACGUGCGGGGAGGGAGGCGGGCCGGUGUGUGACGCGGUCGCCGACGCGGUCGCGGGGGCGCUGCGCGAGGCGGUGGAGGGCUGUGUCGGCGGGGGAGCCGCGAUAGGGCUGGUGCUGCUCGCGCUGCUCGCGGGGUUUGCGGUGGUGCGCUACGCAGGGGACGACCUCUGGCACGAGCGGAUCCUGCUGUACCCAGCAGCCAGUGAGACGGCUGGCGCCGGGCUUCCAGGAGCCUGCUGGGUGGUGUACACCCCCGACCGUGACAUGUACAUCGAGGAGCUUGAAGGAGGAUCGCCCGACGACAGCCCCGUCGAGUGGCUGGAGAUGCCGCGCGACUUGCGGCUGCCCAGUGGGCUUGGGCGGGCGUAUCGCUUUGAGGAGUCGCCGACGGAGGAGGUGAUGAAGGGCCUCUAUCGUCGGGCCUUCUCGGCCGCCCAUGCCGAUGCGGAGGCGCGCGGUGUGCAGCUGGAGACGCCGGUGGCGGUGCGAACUGCAGCAGGGCGAGACGUGGCAGUGCAUGAGGCGCUCGGGGCCAACUUCUUCGGUGGCCGACGGAUGACGGGCAAGAGACCUCCUCUCGGUCUGGACCUCGGAGGAGAUCACGGGGGCCACCCUGGAACGGCCGCAGCGGCCGCGGAGGGCAUCGGCGACAGCGGCGCCCCUGGGCCUGCGGUUGAGGGGACCAGCACGCCACGGUCGAGCGGUCGUGUAUGGCGAGCAGCCGAGGCCGACGAGCUUUGCCGCAUCGCGCUGGGAGACGAGUUGGGGCCUCCUGCGCAGUCUCUCGGCGGCAAGGGGCUGUACCUUGCAGCGCCCGGGCGAGCCGCGGUGGUGCACCUGACGGGGCUCGACCAGGAUUCCUUCGCGAUGAGCCUGCGCAGUGGCGAGGGCCACCCCUUGAGCGCUGGCGCCGGGAACGGGGGAGGAGGAGAUGCCCGAACACUGACGGUGAAGAGUGGGCCGCGGGGCCGAGGCCGUGAGUGGCGCGAGGUCGUGGACGCCUGCGAGGAGGAGCCGUUCGGUGACUUCCCCGUGGCAGGGCCCGGGUCAGCUUGGUGGUGCUUGGAUUUCUUGCGGCGGCGGCACACCCCUACGGAUCACCAUUUGAUGUUCAAGACGACGGCGAGGCUCCAGUCGGAGCAGUGGGGGGUGCAAGAGCAUGAGCAGCUCAUGAAGUACAUCGAGCUGGCGGGCACUUAUGAUCAGCUGGACCUCAGCAACUGUGCCUUCGCCGAGGCCAUUUUUCGGCGGGCGCAGACCAUCGAGUGGAGCUACCACGAUCGUUUGCGCGAGGCCGACUCGGCUAGCUCCAAGGACAAGAUGAGUCCCGAGGAGUUCUCGGCGUUCAGCGGCUUCAGCAAGGCUGGGGACCUUCUGAUGGUGGCCCCUACGCUCCUCGAGUUCGUGAAGGGCCAGGUCGAGAAGGACGCCGCCAUCAUGAAGAACAUCAGGAAGGCCCGAGAAGAACGAGAGCUCCGUCGCAAAGCCCUCCGUGAGCUCCGCGGCGCUGGCGUGUACGAGGACAUCGACUCGCCAGUCGUCAGCUUCGACGAUUCCCUCGUCUCGCUGCCCGAGGCCGGCAACGUUCCUGUGCCGCUUGGGGAGCUGGUUGCAGGCGUGGGCGAUCUAGAUGUCGAGGCAUCAAUACACGAGCAGCUCCUUCCACGCAAGGAUGCGGAGUCCAACCUCUCUGAGGCUCCGCGACAGCCGUACAUGGAUGCUGUCCUCCGAGCUCAGCCACAUGCCUAUGCUGGGUUGGUGCGGCGCUUGCAGGCGGCGGGAAUGGUGACUUUCUCUGCCGCGCCACGCGAGAGGUGCGGCCUUUUCUUCGUGCGUAAGAAGUCUGGCAAGCAGCGCAUGGUGAUUGACUGCCGACGGGCUAACUGCUGGUUCAAGAGGCCUUCGACAGUCGCGCUGGCGACAGGCUCUGCACUUGGAGAGCUAGCCGUGCCAGAGGGUGAGCAGCUCUACGUCGGUCACGUUGACAUCUGCGACGCCUUCUAUCACUUUGGAUUGCCUGAGGCUUUUCGGGAUUACUUCGCGCUGCCAGCGGUGAAGGCAGGUGAUGUGGGGCUGAGUGUCCUAGGUGGAAGGUCCCUCGCGCCUGGCAGCCGUGUGUGGCCAGUCCUGGCGGUGCUGCCCAUGGGCUGGUCGCAUGCGCUGUAUUGGUGCCAGACCAUUCACCGCGGGAUCGUGAGCUCAAUCCCCGCGCUGCUCGACGUCCCGUUCAUUGCAGACAAGAGUGUAGCGCCGCCGGUGCAGCCACUGGCGAUGACCAUAUAUGUGGAUAAUUUUCUCGCCUUGGGUACAGAUCCCGAGGCCGUUUCCCGCGCAGUGAAGCUCGUCAACGCAGCCUUGACGUCCAGAGGGAAGCUGCAGGUGUCAUGGAGUUCUAAGGUGAUGUGCACGGACGCGUCCUUUUGGGGCUUCGGACUGGUCUGCAAGGACCUCGACAAGGACCUCGUGGGCUCGAUGGGCUGUUUCUCCGAACGGUGGCGCUUCUUGGGCGACAACAAGGUGCUCUCCAGGGCUUGGGCUGCAGGCUCCGAUGACGACGGGAUCAUGACAAAGCCUCUAGAGAGCUCCAAGGACUUCCAGCAGUUCGUGGGGGAUGAGGAGGCUAACAACGAGGCCCGCACGCGGGCCGCUGUGCCCGCUGGCUGCCUAGUGAGUGGAACUUUGCCGACGGACCUUCGCGAGGGCUGCGGCACGCUGGUUACGCUCGUGCUGGAAACGGCCAGGCUGGAGCGUCGCCAGGCGGCGGCCCAGGCGGAGGAGGCCCGCUCGGUCCUGCGGAUCCGCUCAGUGCCGCCGAGCCGGGCGACGUCAGCACAGUCGCUUCGGAGGCCUCUCUGCGUCGCCCUGGCUGGCUCGCCGCCGCUCUUCAAGGCGCAGGCUACGCCUGCGGUCGACGUGGUGGAGUGGCGGAAGCUGGCCCGGGGCGGAGCCAAGCUGGCCGAAGCGGAGACGCUGGACGUACCACAGCUGAGCACAGUGCGGACGCAGACAGUGACGUCCAGGUUCCAGCAGGUGGGCGCCGAGGUCAACGACUGGCUGGCAGAGCAAGGGUUGCAUACGCAGCCGACGCUCUCCCUCGACGGCCAGAGAGGGAUCCCGCUGGCUCCCGAGGCUGCCGCCGAGCUGGACGGCAGACUCGCGGGGAGAAUGUUGGGGCAGUACCUGGAGGGCGUCGAGUCGCGGCCCUGCGAGACGGCAGAGUUCGACGAGAACCCCGUGCUGGACCGCCGCAGCGUGCUCCGCGAGGUUCUCUGA